AUGUCCGCCCACGACGAUCAAGAUGAUCUCAAACCUUCCAACACCCCAGGAUACAAGCCUGGCGCUGCGAAGUCUGCAGACGAAUACGCUCGGCUUGACGCUGAGGAUGAGAGUCUAGCGCGUUGGAAGGCUUCGCUUGGAAUUGUUCCCGGUGCUUCCACCGAAGCCAGUGGUCCCAAAGUAACAGUCCUUACCCUUGAGCUUGCUUCGCCCACCCUGCCUUCUGGGAAAGAAAUCAUUUUUGAUCUCAAAGACACGGCCAGACUAGCGGAUACAAAGAAGAACCCCAUCGUCAUCAAGGAAGGUGUUGAGUACAACGUUCGUAUUACUUUCAAAGUUAACCACUCCAUUAUUUCUGGUGUUCGAUAUAUCCAAGUCGUGAAACGCGCAGGGGUGAAAGUUGACAAAAUGGAGCAAAUGCUUGGCUCAUACGGUCCCUCCCCUGAUGGCAAACCAUACGCAAAGAACUUUGAGCCAGAAGAGUCCCCAUCUGGAAUGUUGGCUCGGUCUGGAACAUACCAUGUUAAAAGCCGUGUUGUUGACGACGACGGUGAGGUCUAUGCCGACUGGGAGUGGUACUUCAAGCUUGCUAAGGAGUGGGCAUAA